UCAGUUAUAUUCAUAUAUAUUACUUUCAAAAUAUAUUUGUUGUAAACUUAAAAUUUUAUUUAUAAUUAUUAUUUAUUAAAUUAUAUAAGCGAUCAGGUAAAAUCCAAGAUUUCAUCUUCUCCUUCCCAUCAAUGGCAUCUCCUUCGGGAAGAUACUUCUCCUCCUCUCAGUCUUAUGCACCUUCUGCACCAUCCUUGCCAGAGUCCUACGACCAGCUGCAGCAGCAGCAAGAGAGGUUCGGGUACGGGUAUCAGUCCGGGUACGGUUACUACGGACAGCAUGAGACAAGCUACGGUCACCGCUCUAGUUUCCCGCCGGGAACACAUCCAGAUGUGAUAAGAAGCUUUGAGUUGGUAGAUAGAGAUAGGAGUGGGUUUAUCGAUGAGAUUGAAUUGCAGCAGGCUCUCUCUUCCGGCUAUCAGCGGUUUAGUCUCAGGACUAUUCGGUUGCUCGUGUUUAUCUUCACGAAUCCCUGUGAUUCUCUGAGAAUUGGGCCCAGUGAGUUUGCUGCAUUAUGGAGCUGUCUUGGUCAAUGGCGUGGCAUAUUUGAGAGAUUUGAUAGAGACAGGAGUGGAAAAAUCGAUGCAGUUGAACUUAGGGAUGCUCUCUGCAGUCUUGGAUACGCACUUCCACCUUCAGUCCUUCAACUUUUGAUUUCCAAAUAUGAGGAUGGAAGUGGCAGGAGACUCGAACUCAGUUUUGACAGUUUUGUUGAGUGUGGGAUGAUUGUGAAGGGUUUGACAGAGAAAUUUAAAGAGAAGGACCCAGGUUAUAGUGGUUCCGCCACGCUCACUUACGACUCAUUCAUGUCGAUGGCAAUCCCAUUUCUUGUGUCAUAUUGUUGAUUAUGUGGUAAGUUUUCUUUUUAUUAGUAUACAUUUUCUGUUAGUAUUUUGACUUAUAUCUUGUGUACAAAGUGGGUUUUAAAUUUAGAGCUGUGAGCGCUCUUGGUAUAGAACAAGUAAUUAAAGAAAAUUAUUGUUAUCAUCAUGGUCGAUUGUGUCUGAUUAUACAAUUAAUUGAAUUGUCAUUUUUAAUAAAAUAUUUGUAGUUAA